AUGAGGUACAAUAGUGGUGCUUACCGGGAUACCCUCUGUGCUGGGAAGUCGAGGUCACAGACCAGCUGUGGGGUCCCGGCCAUUCCCCCAGUUGUGGGUGGCAUACAGAGGAUUGUCAAUGGGAAACUCACAAUUCCUGGCUCCUGGCCCUGGCAGGUGUCUUUGCAGGACAGCAGCGGCUCCCACUUCUGUGGGGGCUCCCUGAUCAACGAGUCCUGGGUGGUCACUGCUGCCCACUGUAAUGUCAGCACAUACCACACAGUUGUUGCUGGAAUUUUUAAAUUGUCAACAAAAAAGAAGAAGAAUCUCCAGGUGCUGAGGAUUGCUCAGGUGUUUGAGAACCCCAGUUUUAACUUCACUACCAGAAACUAUGAUAUUGCCCUGCUGAAACUGGCCACGUCCGCCCGCUUCUCCAAGGUCGUGUCCCCUGUGUGCCUGCCCAGGGCUCAGGACAACUUCACUGCCGGGUCUGUCUGUGUCACCACGGGCUGGGGAAAGAAUGAUAUCCAGGGCAAGGCCUCCAACACGCUGCAGCAGGCCACCCUGCCCCUCCUGUCCAAUGCCGAGUGCAUGAAGUCCUGGGGCGACAACAUCUCUGAUCUCAUGGUCUGUGCAGGGAGCAACCGAGUCGCAUUUUGUGAGGGUGACUCUGGCAGCCCCCUGGUCUGCCAGAAGGAUGGAGCUUGGACCCUGGUGGGUGUCGUGUCCUGGGGAAAUGAGACCUGCUCCACCUCCAUGCCCGGUGUGUCUACCCGUGUCACCAAGGUCAUGCCCUGGAUUGAGGAGACCGUGGCCAACAACUGA